UUCACUCGCUGAUUCUAAUCAGCACUCUCAGUUAAUUAAUCACCUGAGGCAAGUGCAAAGUAACCAAUACGUUGGACUUUUACUUUCUGAAGCUGGACGUUCGUACCUCUGGUAUAAAGGCCUUUCUCACAGCAGCGAACGUGUAUUUGUUGUUUCGCUGAGAUGGUCACGUUUGCCUGGAAUUGGUUAGAAAGGCUUCUCACGUGCCUGUCAUGUAAGAGUUUCCAGAUUUUUUCGGCCAUCAUUGAGCAAAUCGAGAGCAGUCGGUGUAAACAAACACCAAUCUGAUAGCCUAUUUUAGAUCGUGAGUGAGUCGUGAUCAUUUCGAAGAAUCAGCGAAUUUUAUGUUCAGCGCAAGUGUCUUUAGGGAGUGCGUUGCCUACCAAGUGAAAACGUGUCGAUGAAAACAAGAAGGCAUAUUCAGAUGAAACCCAUACGCCUGAUAGCAGCAGCAUGCAGUGACAUGGGUAUAGGAAAAGACGGACAUCUUCCGUGGGAUUUACCGAAAGAGUUUCAGUUUUUGUUGGACACAAUUUCAACUGUCUCUACACCAGGGAAGAAGAAUAUGUUGGUCUGGGGUAGAGCGAGCUGGUUCUCCUGCCCAGAGAAAGUGUUCCCUAUUCCCAACACCAUGCACGUGGUGCUGAGCAGAGUUUUGAGCUCUGUGCCAGAGGGAGCACACUACCUGUGCCAUGACUUCUCCAGCGCCGUGCAUCUGGCCUCGCAGGGCACUGAGGCUGAUCUGGUGGAGACCAUCUGGAUCCUGGGAGGACCCUCUGUUUACAGGGAGGCCCUGGAACACCCCUGGUGUGACUUGAUCUACCUCACGGACAUCAUGGCUGACUUUGACUGUGAUGUUUUUUUCCCCGAUUUUGACCGCAACGUGUAUAGGAAACAAGACAGAUAUCCUGGCGUGCCACAUGAAAUUCAAGAAGAUAACGGUGUGAAGUUUCAGUUCCAAGUUUUCAAGAAGACCUGACCUGCAGGAUGGAGGACAGUGGACCGCAUAAUAAAAACUGGACGUGAUCAGCCAUGAGGAUCUGCACUGUAGGAAAUCGUGUAGGAAGUCACCAGCCAGAACAAACCACCAUGAUAUCCUACAUUCACCCACCACACAGGCCACCCUGAGGGAUGCUACGUACAUCUAGAUCCUACAAGUCAAAACCCAAACUGCUUACUAGUACUUACUGCCUUUGUACAUGAAUAUCUUUAUAAAUACAUGCUUCAAGUAAAGAUUUGAUAGUAAUUCCAAAAGAAACCAGCACCUGCACACAGAGAGACAGCAGAGGCAUCAGUCAGUUGUCUCAUUAUGAUUUGAAAUGACUCCAGUAACAGAGGCCAUCUGCCUCUCCCCAGCAUGAUUCAUCAGCUGCAGCAACGCUGGUGAUCGCAUAGCACGACAGAAUAAACUGGCCAUGACCGUAUCUCCAGCAAGGCCACCACUCUCAGUCAUCCGAGUUUCCCCCUCUGUACUGUCACCGCGGCUGAGGCCCACUGACGGCGGAGACGGCGCGGGCCGGCGGCCAGCCAGCGUGCGUAAGACUCUCGCGGGCGGCGCGGAGGCAGUCGGAAGAUGGACGGUGCGGUGCGAAGGCAGCGUCCUCACGUCUCCUGCGGCUCCCUAUCCUGGUCUGCCAUGUCCCCUCUCUUGUCAGACGCCAUCGCCGGUUGAGUCACGCAGGCUACUGUAGCGAGUGAGCGCUGGGCGCCGUGACUCACGCUGGGAGAA